UGGGAGAAUGCGAGAGGAGAAAAAAAUUGAACGCAUUCAUCAUCAGUUAUGUCUCAACUGCGGGUGCGAGUGCUGUGGUUGUUCGUUACUGGACUCGUGUUCCUACAGACAAGCAAAGCGAUCUUCAAAGUGCCAGAUUUGCACCCGUCCUCGACGCAGGAGACCAAGAUAUUCUGGCUCAGGAUUAUUCGUUACGUGGACGUGUGCAACGACAUGUUGUACUCUUUCUCCCGGACGGUGCGGGCCCAAGCGGAGGCCAACUGCGAGAAAGGCGCCCAGCUCCUACGGAAUCUACCCUCGUCGACCAUCGGGAUAAACUGCCACCCCACGGCUUCCGCAUGCAUCAAGAGUUCCCUCUUCGGCGGCAGGUACUGCACUUUCACGUGUUCUGGCACUUCUGGCAGUUACCAGAAGGCCCUUAGGAAACUCGUCGAACCAAAACCGAUCAGAAGGAACAAAACUGCAGCUUACAGCACGGCCGCAACUUACGACACCAAGAGAGGCAUUAAAGUUCACGAGAGUCUCUACCCAUCUUCGCCUUAGUCGGAGACGAAUCGUCGUUCCUUCGAAGAAUUGAUGUAACUUCUUUUAGAUACAAAUCAUGGCGCCCGUGGCGAAUGAUGGCAAAUUUAUUUAUAGUAAUAUAGUAUUAAUAAUUGUACAGAAUUAAUAAUAUAUCAA